CAUGAAUUAGGGCUUGGACAGUUAGUCCAGUUUCCGAACUCCCAACCCGACUGUAUAUAUUAUGCUCAAAUAAACAACAAAAACAGAAAAAGCGAAAAACCACGAUCUCAUUCUCACUCUCUCUCUAUCUCUCUCUUCUUGUUUAUGUCCGUUACAGCUCCGAUGCACGGCCGCACCAGCGUACGCGUCGUGGUUGUCGGCGACCGUGGCACCGGAAAAUCGAGCCUCAUCGCGGCCGCUGCCUCCGAAAGUUUUCUGGAAACCGUGAAGCCCGUUCUGCCACCGACUCGACUCCCUGCCGAUUUCUACCCCGAAGGCGUUCCCGUCACAAUCAUCGAUACUGCAUCCAGUUUGGAGAGUAAAGGUAAGCUCGCUGAAGAAUUAAAGCGAGCCGAUGCGGUGGUGCUAACCUAUGCAUGCGAUCAGCCUGCAACGCUUAAUCGUCUUAAUACUUUCUGGCUUCACGAGCUUCGUCGAUUAGAAGUCAAGGCACCAGUGAUUGUGGUUGGUUGCAAGCUAGAUUUGCGAGAUGAGCUUCACCCUACGAGUCUGGAACAGAUGAUGACUCCGAUCAUGCAACAGUUUCGGGAGAUUGAAACAUGUAUGGAAUGUUCUGCAGCUAAACUUGUUCAGAUUCCUGAAGUAUUUUAUUAUGCUCAAAAGGCAGUACUUCAUCCGACAGCUCCACUGUUUGAUCAAGAAACACAGACUCUGAAACCCCGAUGCAUGAGAGCAUUGAAAAGAGUAUUUGUUCUUUGUGAUCAUGAUAUGGAUAAUGCACUCAACAAUGAAGAGCUGAAUGAAUUUCAGGUUAAAUGUUUCAAUGCUCCAUUGCAGCCUGCUGAAAUAGUGUGUGUUCAAAGAGUUGUACAAGAGCAGCUACCUGAAGGAGUCAAUGAAAUUGGGCUUACUUUGACUGGAUUUUUUUUUCUCCACGCCCUCUUUAUUGAAAAAGGGCGCAUUGAGACUACAUGGACUGUAUUAAGGAAAUUUGGUUAUAAUGAUGAACUCAAACUCAGGGAUGAUUAUUUGUCAGUUCCAUUUAAAAGAGCACCUGAUCAGCAUGUGGAGCUGACUAGUGAAGCGGUGGAGUUUUUGAAGGGAGUCUUCAGUGUUUUUGACACUGAUAAGGAUGGAGUUCUACGGCAUUCCGAGCUUGAGGAUCUGUUUUCAACUGCACCAGAAAGUCCUUGGAGUGAAGCUCCUUAUAGGGAUGCAGCAGAGACAACUGCAUUGGGGGGCUUAUCUCUUUCCGGGUUUCUUUCUGAGUGGAACCUAAUGACACUUCUGGACCCUGUUCAAAGUUUGGCUAAUUUGAUGUAUAUUGGAUAUGCUAGUGAUCCUGCAUCAGCACUCCGUGUUACCAGAAGAAGAUCAUUAGAUCGUAAGAAGCGACAUACAGAGAGAAAUGUGUUCCAAUGCUUUGUUUUUGGGCCUAAAUAUUCUGGAAAGUCUGCUUUGUUGAUGUCAUUGUUGGGAAGGCCUUUCUCAGACAAUUAUAGUCCGACAAAAAAUGAGCAUUAUGUGGUGAAUAUGGUUGAAUGGCUUGGGGGAACUAAAAAAACCGUUGUUUUGCGGGAGAUUCCAGAAGAUGGCGUCAAAAAGCUUCUGUCUAAUAAGGAAUCCUUGGCUAAUUGUGAUGUGGCAGUUUUUGUUUAUGACAGCUCGGAUGAGUAUUCCUUAAAACGAGCAGCAGAACUGCUGACGGACAUAGCUAGACACGGAGAGGAAAGUGGUUUUGGGGUGCCUUGUCUCUUGGUUGCAGCCAAGGAUGAUUUGGAUUCAUAUCCAAUGGCAAUAAAAGAUUCAGCGAAGAUAUCUCAGGAUAUGGGAAUUGAUGCACCUAUUCGUGUCAGUAUGAAGGAUAGAGAUAUGAAUAAUGUAUUCAGUAGGAUUGUGGAAGCAGCUGAGCAACCUCAUUUGUGUGUCCCCGAGACUGAAAUUGGGAGAAAGCAGAAGCGCUAUCGCCAGCUUGUCAAUCGCUCUCUCAUGUUUGCUUCAGUUGGGGCUGCUGCAGCAGUAAUUGGAUUGGCUGCAUAUCGUGCUUAUGCUGCAAGGAAGAAUACCUCCAGUUAGGUAGAGAGAUAUUUGCCUAUCAAGCAACUGCAGUUGUUGCAUCACCUCGACCUUUUGUAUAGUCAUUGGUUAUUCUGCUCUGCUCUUCAUUUUCCCCACCAUAAUUUAUAAGGAAUCUCAAUAUGGUUCGUGUAUAGAGUUAUUUAACUUUUUUUUUUUUUUGAGGCUGAAAGUCAAGUUUGUUUCAGGAUGCAUUGUUAGUGUUACUGUUGAAAAGUGAUGACUCUUCUUUCGCACCACCCUAUAUACGAGGUGUGACCAUGCCCAAGUAUCCUGAGCAGUUCACGGAAAAAUGCAUUGCCAUGAUUGGGAUCUAACCAAAUGAUGGAUGAAAAUGCAACCCCUUUGUAUUUUAUUAAAAGCAGGGUUAGAGUGAACAUUUUUUCAUUGAGCACAGGACCUUGCCAAAUGAAAAUGGAUGGAGUAAUUUAAGCUUCUCAGGUAUUCUCUGUGUCCCAACGUUACCAUGUCUUUGUUUUAGUGAAUCCACUGCAUGAUGGAAACCAGUUUUAC